AUGGCGAGCAUGUUGACACUCAAGAUACGCCCGGAGCUGUUGGCGCUGUUUCCCUCGAAAGAUGACAUGCUCUGCCGCCUCGAAUGCGCCCUCGAUAAGCUGCCGAAUCUCCCCAAGUACAAGCACAACAAGCUUCUUUUCCAACUUUGCUUCUUACUCCGCAGCCCGUCAUUCCUCUAUACUAUGACUCUGCGAGUACGAGCCGAGGACCGAAGACUCGAGCCACUCGCAACCAGAAUCCAGACAUCGCAGUCGCUACAAACUAAGCAAGGCGGCCAUGAUUCUGAGCUACCGAUAAAGCGUAUCAACGUCGCAAAGCUCAACAUAGAGGUCAAGUGGGAGGAGGACGGCAACAGCUGGGUGACGCGGCUCCGCUACGGUGAGAGCAACCUUAUCGAAGGACGACAUCUCCGAACAACAAAAGACGCAGGCUUCGUUCAGAGCUUCAAAUGGUUCUGCGAAGAGGUGGAGUUUCUGUAUUACGAAUACAGGUCUCAUGGAUGUAUUGCGGAAGAGACACUGGGCCCAAUAGCCAAGAGGAAGAUAGAUGCGAUGGAGCUGGAUGAGACGGAGCGUAGUAAGACAGAGCAUGGUGAGAUGGAGCGUGGUGAGACAGAGCAUACCGAGAUAGAGCGUGGUGAGACUCGAGCAUUGCAUCAGAGCGGUACGAAGAAGCACAUUGUUGUGCUGAAAGUUAGGGUAGUUUUCACACAUGGAGAAUGGGCUUUGAAGUCUAGGAAGAAGUAG